AUGUUUCCAAAUUCGAUAAUACGGGAUCUUGUGGUACCCAAAAACUGCGUUUUGGAAGAAGGACCAAGCGGUGGCACUAUGACAAAUGGACUCAACUCAGUUUCUGCGACGUCCUGUAAAUGUGUUGGGGAAUUAAUAAGCAGGAUUAUCGAUCUGCGUCGUGCUAGAUCUUCUCAAGAUGGCAGCUACUCAUCCACCAAUAAUAAUGAGAUAGAAUGGGCUAAGCUUUUUAUGGAAUUUAUUCUGGGUACCGCUUACUCCCACUCAGACGAUAUGAUUUGGUAUGUGUAUAUGUCUAAGAUGAAUUCUUCAUUUUAUUUAGGCCACUCGACUCUUAAAACGUUCUUACGUUUUGUCCAUGGUGCACUGCCUGAAAUCAAAUUGAGUCCAAGUUUGGUGCAAGUAUUUCGGCGUUCCAGUAGAAAUCAACCAAGUCCUUGUGAUCAAGCCUACAGCUGGGAAGAAACAGUCUGUUUAAAUCUUGUUUUGCAACAGGUGGAGGUGGAUUUUUUUGUGACUUGUGCUGUUUGUACAAAAACGAGCCCGCAAAAUCUACAGAUUAUUCGAAAAAAUUGUCAGAAGGUAUAUCCAUCUCCCAGUAGAAGACGGAUGGACAGUAAAGGAAGUAGCGAGGAAAUUACUUACCCGAAACUCUACUUUGCCAUUGAUGGAUUUGAGGAAGUUUGUCCUAAUUAUCUAUGGCGAUACUUUAGUACUAACUAGAG